AUGACCGCACUGUCGCAGGAGAUGUAUGCAAUAAUUCAGGACAAGAACACCCGUGGCGACAAGAAACAGCGCAAAGCCUUCCUUCUAGACCACCUGGGAUACAUGAUGGACUUGAUAACUCUGCGGCAUCCUAUGGACAUGGGUUACGAUGAGUUUCACCUCUUCAUUCGGCCCAUACAGUUUGAGGCAGCAAAGUACAAGGAGGGUGCCGAGGAGGCUCGACCGCUACUCUACAUAACCGCGGUUCAGGAUGACGACUCAAUGCUCGACAAGUAA